UUCCUAAAACUAAUUUCAUUGUCGGAAGUAAUAAUUGUCAUUCCAAUUUCAUUAACAAGUAUAAACUUUAAUUGCAAAUCAAUAUGAUUAAACCGGGAGAACUUAACCGCUAUAACCCAGAGCAGUACAACAACUUCACUUUUGAUAAUGAUUCGGUGCGCAAACAAUUCAUUGCAAAGGUUUUCUCCAUAGUUGGGUUUCAGUUAUUGUUUAGCGCAGCCAUUAUAGCUGUGUUUUUAUUUAACGGCGAUGUGAAGGACUUUGUCAUCCAAAACCCUUAUCUGUUCUGGGUGGCAAUGGGUGCAAUAUUUGUUACUCUAAUUAUGAUAGCUUGUUGUGACACUAUACGCCGGACUUUUCCAAUUAAUUACAUCUUGCUCGCAGUUUUUACAAUAGCUGAGUCGUUUACAUUAGGAAUAAUAACACUUAACUAUGAAGUUGACUACGUAAUCCUAGCUUUGGCUAUAACCGCUGUUGUUGUUUUUGCCUUAACAAUUUUUGCAAUGCAGACAAAAAUUGAUUUCACCACCUGUGGAGGUAUGCUGCUAAUGUUUAUUGUAAUCCUGAUCAUCAUGGGCGUAGUUUUGAUGUAUUUUCCUGAUCGUGUAACGAAGAUGGCUUAUGUCUGUUUCGGAGUUUUCUGUUUUGGAUUAUAUUUGGUUUACGAUGUCCAAUUAAUGGUAGGAGGGAGUCACGCCUAUGCAAUUUCCCCAGAGGAAUAUGUCUUUGCCGCCCUCUCAAUUUAUAUUGAUAUCAUCAAUAUUUUUAUGUAUAUUUUAGCAUUGUUUGGUAUGUCGAAUGAUAAGUAAACAAAAAAUUAAAAUAUAAAUUUUUUUUAAUGUUACUGUGAA